UGAGGAGGAGAUGAAGAGGAGGAGGAGGAUGAGGAGUCACUCGUGCUGAAACCUCACACAGGAAAACACCAGUGGAAACAAGCUCGUGUUUAUUUUUCUUUUAAAUGAGUAAAGAUGUUGUUAAAAUGGACGUUUUGUGUGUGGUGGCUCGUGACGACGUCGUCGUUUGCUUCACCUGCUGAGUCACGGGAGGAAGAGGAGGGAGAGUCCGGCUCUGGGAUGAUGAUGACGAUGACGCAGCAGUCAGACGAGGUGAACGUCCUGCAGGAACUGUCUCUUCAGGUGUCCAUCAGCAGCAACGUCUCCAUGACGGCGGAGGACGGCCAGUGUCCAGUCCUGCAGGUGGGACAGUACUCCACGCUGGCUCUUCCUCUUCACCAGCUCUUCACUGACAGGUUUCCAGCUGAGUUCAGUUUACUGGUGCAGCUGCAGAGCCCUCAGACAGAAGAGCGCAGCGUCUUCACCGCGCUCAGCCGCCGUGGCCACGUUAUGCUUCAGCUGCGGAUCAGCGCCAGCGCCGUCGUCGUCGCGGGAACACAGCAGCGGCACUACGAGUUCCCAGUCAGCAGUCUGUCUGAUGGAAAGUGGCACCAUGUGGCCGUCAGUGUGUCUGCCAAGCAGCUGGCCGUGUAUGUGGACUGUUCCCUGCUGGAGAGCGUGGACUGGGUUUACCACGGCCUGGGCGUGAGCACAGACGGGCUGCUCAUGGUCGGCGGCGUCACCGAAGACUCGGAGACCACGUUUGAAGGUCGUCUCAAACAGUUGACCUUCAUGAUGGACGACCCCGGCGCCGCCCGGCUGCACUGCAGCCACCACCCGCCCCACUGCACCGAGGCUCCCCGCUCCCCACGCACCAGCAGCAGCGGCGGCGGCGGCAUCAUCCCAGAGGAGAAUGUUCUCCUGUCCUCUAACGACCUGGAGGAUCUUCUGUCCAAACCUGAUGACGAGUCACUCAUGAGCCUCAGAACUAAUGUGUUUCUACGGCGAGGGAGUUCUCGGGGGGAUGGAACGAUGCUUUCAGGACCCGACCGGAAAGGUUCAGUAGUUCGCACGGAUUUGUUUGUGGUGGAUGAGGACACAGACUUGCUGGAUCCCAUCUUCCAAAAUGGCGACCGGAGGAAGUCGUCCAGGAAUGGAGGAAACCAGAAGGGGAAACCGGAGAUGUCCUCCAAACUUUUGGAGGAGAACAUUACCACAGAGAAGAAGACAGACUCCAGUGGAAGGACUCCGUCGCUGUUCCCCGAGAAACCCCUAGAUGACAUAAUUGACCUGGACACAGCCAAGAAGACUUCAUCAGGGUUUCCUGUUCUUCCCAGGAUCCCUUCAUAUCCCCGAUCAUCCACAGACUCCAGACCAGGAGACUAUGAGACCAGGACUGUCUCGCCUACAGAUCUUAUCGGCAAGAACAACUCUUCGUACUUUGGACGUGGCAUCAAACAUGAAGACAGCGAGCGUCCCGCUGUUGUGACCGUUGUGUCCGUAGAGGGAGACCUGGUCCGGAGCUCAGAUGGCAAAAUGUACCGGCUGCAGAAAGGACCGCCGGGCAGAACCGGUCCUCCAGGUCCAGAGGGAUGUCCUGGUGACCCCGGCCUGCCAGGGUUCAAAGGUGACAAGGGUAAAAUGGGACUUGAGGGACGUCCAGGGAAAAGAGGUGAACCAGGACCUGCUGGAGCCGCAGGUUUACCAACUCUGUACUUGUGGAGGAACACGGGCGAGGAGUGGGCCGCCUUCCAGAAAACAAACUUCUACCAGUUGCUGCGCGCCGGCUGGCCUAGUCAAGAAGGUGCUGCAGGACCACCUGGAGAGAUGGGCAAGCCGGGCAUGCGGGGGCCUCCUGGUGAACCUGGAGACCGAGGACGACCUGGAAUACCAGGAGAAAUGGGCGAGCAGGGGCCCAGGGGCCCUCCAGGACGAGCCGGGGCCCCGGGGAGAGCGGGCGAGAACGCAGAAGACGGUCAGCCCGGGUCACCUGGUUCUCCCGGGUCACCGGGGCCCUGGGGACACAGAGGCGAGCGAGGGCCCAAAGGGGAAAAAGGUGAUGAGGGUCUCAGCGGCUUCAGGGGACCAAAAGGGGAAACUGGUGAACCUGGUGAGAAGGGCUCACCUGGUUCUCCUGGACGACCUGGUCCUGUUGGAACACCAGGGCCUGCUGGGAUCCGAGGUGGUUACGGACCAGAGGGAGCAAGUGGACCUGAUGGAGAAGAUGGACUGGAUGGACCUCCAGGUUUGCCAGGACUGACGGGAGCGCCAGGUUUCACAGGACGUGUCGGCGCUCAAGGAGUUAACGGCUCAAGGGGAGACGUUGGACCUGCUGGUACUGUUGGUCUCACAGGUCCUCAGGGACCUCCAGGUCUAGAGGGACAGAUUGGACCUCCAGGACUCAGAGGGUCUCCCGGACGUUCAGGAUUGAUUGGUGCUCUCGGUCCUAAAGGAGAUCCUGGGCCUGUGGGGCCCGUCGGUGCUCGGGGAGACGCUGGGUUUGAGGGACCGAUGGGCCCUCCGGGAGAACCAGGUCCUAUGGGUUUCCUGGGGAUAACGGGCUACAGAGGACCAGAUGGGGACAAAGGGGAUCUAGGACCUAAAGGCAACAAAGGUUUUCAGGGGGCUGUUGGCAUUAGGGGCCCCCAAGGGGAGAGGGGCCCCACCGGCUUCCCAGGUUUCAUAGGGACCACGGGCCAGUCGGGCCCCAGAGGCCUCGAGGGCACAAAUGGAGAAAGUGGGCCUCCGGGAAAACAAGGCAGCCGUGGGUCAAAGGGAAACAGAGGAGCAGACGGACGUCCCGGCAAACCAGGACCCAGAGGGAACAAGGGUCCCACUGGACAGAGGGGUCACACCGGUCAACCAGGCCCUCCGGGUUUUCUGGGUUCACCAGGACCAGAGGGAGCAGAAGGAAAGCCUGGUACACAGGGUCCGUCAGGUGUGACGGGAGCUGCCGGCAGUAAUGGAGAGAUGGGCUUUCAAGGCGUCGUUGGAAAGACGGGAGCAGACGGACCUUCAGGUUCUCUGGGACCACCAGGAAAACCAGGACCUCCAGGGUCACCAGGACCCUCAGGAGAGAACGGUUUCACAGGGAAGCCUGGUACUGAAGGACCUCAGGGCCCAGUAGGCAUGUAUGGCAUCCAGGGAACCGUGGGCAUGCGUGGACCUCCAGGCUUCACCGGAGAACGGGGGGAGCCAGGUUUACGAGGUUUAACAGGACCUGUCGGAAAACAAGGCCCUAAAGGUCCAGCAGGUUCUCUAGGAGAACGAGGCCCUCAGGGGCCACAGGGUCGACCUGGAGAUGAAGGAACCAAAGGAAUUCCAGGCCCAGUGGGGCCUCCAGGUGUUCCAGGCUCUAAAGGAGCAAAUGGAAAACCUGGACCUCGAGGAAGUUCGGGGCCCCUGGGACCUGAGGGGCCACCGGGGCCAACAGGAAUCCUAGGUCCACAGGGGGACGAGGGGUUGUUAGGAGAAGCAGGGAUAAGAGGAGAGAAGGGAUUACCUGGCCCAGCCGGGGAUACUGGACUCCAAGGACAAGAUGGAGAACAGGGACUUCCUGGCCAAACAGGAAAUGAGGGCCCACCAGGACGGAAAGGAGACCAGGGCGACACAGGCCUGUGUGGGAAACCUGGUGCCUCGGGGCCCCCAGGAGAGAGAGGACCUGAGGGCCUCAAAGGCUUACAGGGUACGGAUGGAGAACUGGGUAAAGAGGGAGAUGUUGGACUUCCUGGAGAAGUUGGAGAUCAUGGUGCUAAAGGAGAGAUGGGUCAGGUGGGGCCUCCAGGUCUGUCUGGUCGAGAAGGUUCCUGGGGAGCGAUCGGGGAAAACGGAGAGAGAGGUUUGAAGGGAGAGAAAGGCCACGCUGGACUCUUGGGAGAGCCGGGGCUGAUGGGUAAACUGGGACCUGUAGGUCUGGCAGGUUUAAAGGGAGUCACAAGUCCUCGUGGACCUCUGGGACCAGAUGGUCCUCAGGGACAGAAGGGGGAGUCUGGACCGUUUGGGAUGACUGGUCCUCCUGGGUCAGCAGGACCUCCGGGAAUAAUUGGAGCUCAUGGUGUCAAAGGAGACGCAGGGAGGACGGGACCACCUGGUCCAGUGGGACAGGUUGGACAACAGGGAGAGCUGGGACAUAAGGGGGAACCAGGACCUCAGGGACUGAAGGGAGAUCCAGGUUCUCCUGGUCCACCAGGGGAACAGGGAGAGGAGGGUCUGCAGGGGGUUCAAGGUCCUCCAGCCCUGCCAGGCUUUGAGGGGUCUCCUGGAGAGAUGGGCCCCCAGGGCCCCCCAGGUCCUCCAGGGAAACCUGGAACACAAGGAAGAGCAGGACUUGAGGGCAAACCAGGAGAAAAUGGAGAGAAGGGAGACGACGGCCUGAGUGGAUCAACAGGGAAGCCUGGUCACGUCGGCAGGAGGGGCAAACGUGGGAAAGCUGGAGUCAGAGGAACCAGAGGAGAGAGAGGACCAAAGGGUGAAAAGGGAGACACGGGACAUGUAGGAGUCCACGGGUGGCCUGGUCUCAUUGGAGUCCCCGGAUUACGUGGAGAGUCGGGGGAUCACGGUGAAAAGGGAACAGAGGGUGAGAAAGGCGACAUGGGAUUCCCUGGACCACCCGGAGGUUAUGGCACAAAGGGAAUGCGUGGUUCUGUUGGCUUCUUGGGUCCAGAUGGACCAAAGGGAGAGCAGGGGAGUAUUGGUUCUUCAGGGCAGAGGGGAACGCCAGGGAUGCCAGGUCUGCCGGGAUUGUUUGGAUUAAAGGGUUUGAAAGGACACCAGGGACCUCCUGGUCAGUCGGGCAGGAAAGGCCUCCCUGGUCCACCUGGUCUCCCUGGACCUCCAGGAAAGUCUCUGAACUUCACUUUGACUCAACUCAAGGACCUGAUGUACAUGUCCGACAAACCAAACUUCCCUCUGAUCCAGAACGUGCUGGACUCUCUGCAGCAGGAGCUGCGGCUGCUCGUCGAUCCUCCAGAUGGCAGCAAAGAGCGUCCAGCCACCACCUGCCUGGAGCUGUGGCUGUGUCACCCCGAGUACAGCAGCGGGAUGUACUACAUCGAUCCAAACCAGGGCAGCAGCUCUGACGCUGUGCUGGCUUACUGCAUCUUCUCAUCCUCGUCUGCACAGACCUGCCUCUACCCUCGAGACUCUCAGCUUCCUAUCAAAGCCUGGAUGAAGGAGUUUUCAGAGGAAGGAUCCUUCGAGUGGCUCAGUCGCCUGGAGCACGGCUUUCAGUUUGAUUUCCCUGACGCUAACGUGGUCCAGAUGCGGUUCCUGCGGUUACACAGCAGCACCGCGGUGCAGAACGUCACGUACUCGUGUCACCCCGGACACAGACUGGGCGAGACCGACAUCGACGUCAAGUUUCUCACCGACACCAGGAAGCAGAGUUUCCUCGGAGAGCUGAAGGACUGCGUGCCCGGCGAGGAGGCGGAGUCUGCGGCCCGCGAGUCUGUGUUUGGGUUCGAGGACCUGCAGCUGCUUCCUCUCAGAGACUUGGCUCUAAAAGCUUCAGGAAUCAACGACGUCACGUUCCUGUUUGGCUUCACCAUCGGACCCGUGUGUUUCAGCUAGAGGGGGCGCCAGAGAGCCGCGCCACGCCACAGCGUCCUGGAGGACUCACAGGGUCCAGGACUCAUUUAAAAAAAACAACCCAGAAAACAUGGACGCCAGAGGGGAAGUUAAAGGGGGUUUAAAGGAAACGCUCCUGUUGUUUGGUGCUGUGUGACUCCGUGUCAGUGAGUGUGUGAGUGUGUGAGGGCACAGACGCCCCGCGGAACUUUGUUUACAGAGACAUUUAUCUGCUUCUUCUUGCAUUGAAUAAUUUAAAUUUAAAAUGUAAGUUGUUGUUUUUUAUCCUUUUAUAUUUGUUUUUAUUUCUGUCACGUCCUCUGUGCAGAGGUCAGGCUCUUCAGCUGACCUCCACAAAAACAAAGGGAUCAUUCAAGUUGUGUUUUAAAGUAUUGUUCAUCUUUGUGAACCGCUAACUCUCCUGCACCAAAGCCCACAGAGAAAAGCAGGGAUUUUAACAUCACAGCUCACAGGAGUUGUUGAUCCACUGCUGCCUCUGUCACUAAGUUCAAAUGUGUUAUUUUAUGAUUUCAGGGUUUGAUUUACCUCAGUGACACAAAGUGACCACACGAGGCAGCAGUGGACCAGCGGCUCCUGUGUCUCCGUGAGCUUAAAUCAGUGAUUUUCUCAGUGGACUUUGGUGCAGGAGAGUUAAUGUCACACAAACUACAGUUUCUAGCUGGAAAAAAAGCUGAUUUAAUGGAGACAUAAGGCAGCAAAAAUAUUCAUAAGACAUUUGUGGACUUUAGUUGACAUGAACUUUAAUUCUGUGAGACUUUUGUUCAGUGUCUAAAAUGACUGGUUGUAUGAUUUACCUCCAUAGAGAAAAUCCAUCAUUUUCCAUCACAGCACAGAGGAGUCGUUGAUCCACUGCUGUGUCCAUUAAUAAGUUAAAAUGUCUUAUUUUUCUCAUUCAGUGUUUAAAAUCCUUUGUUACGAUUUAAAACUUGAACUCCCCCUUUAACAAUGUGUUCUGAUGGGGACACAGCUACUGUCGUCUCAUUGGCCACAGGUGCUUCCACUGCUCUUGUUCUGUGAGUGAGGUGGGUAUUUUUUUCUCCUUGGUGCUGAUUAAUUAACACGUUUAUUUAAUAACUAAAACAAAACAGAAACAAACUGCCUUUAUUUCCACUUUCAUGUCAUUGUAUCUCACAUCUCAGGUAAAAAACACAAACUGUACAAACACACGGACACUGAAGCAACAUGUUGUACUUCUGCAUUCAUUAAACGUGACGUGUUCAAGUUAAA